AUGCCAGUCUCCAGCCACUUUGUUUCACUCCACGUGAUCCGGAAUGUCGCUGGUCAGAUUGGGAAGCUGCCGUCUGGGUUCCCUCUUCAAUUCACUUUGCUGCCAUUCGCCUGUUGCUCUCACAUCGAGAGUGAGGGAUUCUGGAGAGAAGCGGAGUUUCUGCUGCUGGCCAUGUUUAGCUGGAAUAGGGAUGCGCUGCUAUGCGCUACUACCCUGGGAGUGACUUUCAGCGCUGGCGUCUGGCUGGGGAGAAAGUUGUUCUCACACCGUUAUUCACUUUUAAGAACCUUUAAGAGCCACAGUGGUGCCAAAGGAGACCCAUUAAUGGAUUACGUUCUACAGAAUUCUCUCCGAGAGCAUCCAAUCCUGAAGAAGCUAAGGAUGCGUACUCUCCAGGAUCGAAUGUGCAUGAUGUUGGUGGCUUGUGAACAGGCUCAAUUCAUGGGCAAUCUGGCAAAACUUAUCAAAGCAAAGAAUGUGCUGGAAAUAGGUGUCUACACUGGAUAUAACACCUUGAACAUGGCACUUGCAAUACCCAAUGAUGGGAAAGUCAUUGCCUGUGAUAUCAGCCAGGAAUAUGCCAAUAUUGGGAUACCAUACUGGAAGGAGGCUGGAGUGGAGCAUAAAAUUGACCUUCGGAUUAAACCAGCAACUGAAACACUAGAUGAGCUUCUAGAAGCUGGCAAAGCAGAAUCCUUUGACUUUGCCUUCAUAGAUGCUGACAAGCUGAAUUAUGGCGUUUAUUAUGAGAAAUGUUUGCAACUUAUCCGCAAAGGAGGAAUAAUAGCCGUUGACAAUGUACUAUGGGAUGGGUCAGUACUGAAUCCAAAAAAUGACCCCAACACACUGAGCAUUGUCAAACUCAAUGAGAAGAUUUACAGAGACAGCAGAGUCAAUAUGAGCAUGCUCACCAUUGGUGAUGGAGUCACCUUGGUCUUCAAGUUAUAGGAAGGCCAACUCCAACGAGAGCACGUUCUCACUGAUUUUUCAAUCCUUCAAGUGCAACAUAAAAUGUAUUGUCGUCUAGUUCUUCAUAGCAUUUAUAUCCUUUCUCUCCUCUUAACAUUUCUCAUCCUAUGUUUUAAAUUGAUCAGCCUUCCAAAAUGAUCUACCAAUGGUGUGCUUAUUCCCUGACUUCUUUCAGCAUCCAGACCAUAUCUUCAGCCUCUUCAUUACCUCUAUCUGUAAAGGAUCCUUUCCCACUUGGCCAGGGUAAUAUCCUGCCAGCAUUUACUCUGUUAAACUCCUUAAGAAUGUUGCAAUUAGAUCAUCUCUUGGUUUUCAAAAAUCAAGGACAUUUAGGAUCUCGUCUACUGAAUGUUACCUUCUCUUUCCUUUAAUCUAUUUCCUCUUUUCUCAAAGGCCAAGCUUGUUUAAAUAUGCCAACCCGAAUUCUAUAGACUCUAAUUGUAUUAGGAUGUCUUGUAUGGUGCUUUAUUGAAUGCUUUUUAAAAAUCAAAACACAGAACAUCCAUUGAUUGUCCCUGAUCUACUCAUUCAGCCUUAUUCGCACGUGUACCCUGAUCUUUUGCAAUUGUUGUAGCACUACUGUCUAACACUUAACAGCCAUUCAACAGGGAAAUAAUUUGAUAGCUUCUAUAAAUGCACUUUUGUAACCAAUUUGAUAGGUUUCUUAGUUCAAGGAAUCUGAGCUCCAAUUCACUAAUGGACUAAAUGAGCUUUGAAAAUGGCAUCUGAGAGAUCAUGUCAAAGAUGAAGGAGAUGUAGGAAGUGAGUGAAGGUGCGCACUUGCCACUUUGGUCUUUCAUCUUUGGUUGAUUUGGAAGCCAGUACCCAUGAUUUCAUUGCUUUCCUUGUAGGUACUGCAAAACAAAGGCACUGUCAAAUUUAUUUCAAUCCAGACGUACAUGAAGUUGAAGAGAUGGCUGUUUUUAAAAAAAAAUCCUCUAAUGAACAUUUAAUUUGUUGCUGCAGCCAUCAUUGAAAUUGCUCCAGCAGGUAGUGAGACAUCUAUAUAAAUUUAUUAGCAUUGUAUUAAUUUAAUCUACUUGCUAGAAUUAACUUCCCCAUAGUAAUUAACUUCUGCCCAGUUGAGAUAAUUCGGAAACUCAAAUGCAUAAACAAACCUGGUAACUUUGCUAUUCAGCCUCCAACGCAGGGGAGAAUAAAGCUUUGGUUGCCUUGA